UGAAUCGAUUUUUAAAUUGUGAAUCGGUAUCAUAUCAGGACUGUCAAGAUGAUGCAAAAAGCGCCUCCUCCUUGCGUGAGGAUACUAGUGCUGGGAGCUCAGGAAGUUGGAAAAUCUGCUGUAACAGUGCGAUUUCUCACUCAAAGGUUUAUUGGAGAAUACAGCUCCCAAAAAGAUCUCUUAUACUGUUCCCAAACACAAGUCACUGGAUCUCCAGUAGAUGUUGAAAUUCUGGAUACUUCCAGGGACCAAACAGACAGUAUUCCUUCCGAAAAGUUAGAUUGGUGUUCGGCGUUCGUAGUUGUCUACAGUGUAGCUUCCAAAAGCAGCUUCUUGGUUGCAGCCGAUUGUCUACGCAACCUCACUUCCAGAGGCCUACCAGUAUUACUUCUAGCCAACAAGAAAGAUUUGGAACACGCGAGAGAAGUGUCCUCGGAAGAGGGCCGAACGAUAGCUUCUGAACUUGGUGAUGUCCUUUUCGCAGAAGUAUCAGCAGCCGAGGAUUACGCCGAAGUGGCUGAUGCUUUCAGAAUCCUCCUAAACGAUGCUUGCAUCUCCAUUAGCAAAUGUUCUAAUUCGAACUCCUCUCCCACAAAUACCAGUUCCAGGAGGAAGAUAUCUGUGGUGUCCGUGUCCAAGAUCAUUAGUGCUAUGUUCGGCCGCGGAGGUGCCAUGAUCGCCGAUCACCACGGCCAGAAGAAGAGACCAUCUUUGUCGUUAUGAGAAUCGGCACCCGGGGAGAG